AUGCCAAAGACACCGUAUACAUCCCAAACCACCGCCGAAGAGGCCUGCACUGCGCUCGCGGAGCAUAUCCGCGGGAAAAGAGUCCUCAUAACCGGGCCCACGUCCACCUCCAUCGGCGGCGCGACAGCCCUCGCUCUCGCCUCGCUGCCGGCCACGCACCACCCCUCCCUCCUCAUCCUGGCUGGCAGGAACCCUGCCACAUUGGAGACCAUCGUCGCCAGUAUCGCCGAGAAGGCACCCUCCCUCCGGGUCAGACCUGUGGUCCUGGAUCUUGCGAGCCAGAAGAGUGUGCGUCGCGCGGCUGAGGAGGUCCUGGCAGACACUAGUGGCGUGGAUGUCAUCAUCAAUAAUGCCGGGGUGAUGGCUUGUCCGUAUGCCACGACGGAGGAAGGGGUGGAGUUGCAGUUCGGGACGAAUCAUCUGGGGCAUUUCUUGCUCACGAAUCUGCUGAUUCGGGAGAUGCUGGAGCGGAACGGUAACAGGGGGAAGGAUGGGGAGGUGGUUAGGGUGGUCAAUGUGAGUAGUGCGGGGCAUAAGAGAGGGGAGGUGAGGUUUGGGGAUGUUGGGUUUGAGAAUGGAAGUGUUUACGACAAGUGGCAGGCUUAUGGGCAGAGUAAGACGGCGAAUAUGCUGUUCUCCGUGGCUUUGGCGGGGAAACUCGGAGGUCGUGGGGUGAUUUCGGUUAGUCUCUACCCUGACAGGGUUCUGUCGGGCAUUGCGAGGCAUUUGGUGUUGGAGGAAUUUGUGAAGGCUGGAUGGAAGACCGAGGAUGGAAAGGUCGUUGAUGACCCGAAGUUGAAUUGGAGAUCAUUGAGCCAGGCAGCCGCGACGUUGAUUGUGGCCGGGUUUGAGCCGAGUAUUGCUGAGAGUAAUGGGUCGUACCUGGUCAAUAACCAUAUUGCUAAUGACCAGGCUGCUGCGUAUGCUCUAAGUCGAGGCAACGCGGAGAAGCUGUGGGCUCACACGGAGGAACUGGUCGGGGAGGAGUUCGACCUUUGA